UGGGCUGACAGAGAAGGAAUCAAGUCCCCUCAGCUCAGCUCAGCUCAGCCCAGCUCAGCUCAGCUCGGUCAGCCACCGGCGUCUCCUCAGCUUUGUGACCGUGCAGAUAGCAGACGCAGCGGAAACUUGUGCAGAGGACACGGAUUGAGAGAGAGGGCUGCGACGAGGAGUCGGCUCCUACAUUUGCCUCUGAACUGGUUUUCCCGCGAGUCUGUUUACAUCUGGAGGCCUCCUCCUGGAUCCACCUGAGAGAAAAGCUCGAGAAAGACCGCCAUGUCCGACUCCAGACUUCCUGAAGCCGCGGUCGAGCAGAAUGUUGAGCUGUCCCGCUGCUAGGCGAGGGGGCACCAGAGAGGGCAGGAGACAUGUUGGGACCGAAGCUCGGGGACCACUGCACUGAAUUCUGUUACUGUGGUAACCAUGGAAACGCUAUGGAGGACUGCUGUGAUCUGCACUGUCGCUGUCGUCAUGGGUGCCGCAGAGGUCGCGGGAGGUCGCAGAGAUGAGUUUGCACAGUCGCAAGCUGCCUUCCUGUCCAGUCUUGGCCAGUAUGAGAUUGCAAUUCCGGUUCGUGUCGGACCCGAUGGAGAGACGCUGCACACAAAAGCCUCUCAGUACCACCGAAGAAGACGCAGUACAGAAGAAACCACAUCAAUUGACACCUCUCUCUACUACCAGCUAUCUACAUCACGCAACAACUUCCUGCUGAACCUGACGCUGCAGGGUGGACUGUUAUCCCGCCAGUUUAGGGUGGAGUAUUGGAAAAGAGGCAGAUUAGCCUGGAGUCAUCCUUACUCUUCCUUACACUGCCAUUAUGUAGGACACCUCCAAGGCCAGCCGCACUCCAGCAAAGUGGCCCUCAGCAACUGUAACGGCCUGCAGGGGGUGAUUGUUGCCGGGGGAGACGAGUAUCUGAUUGAACCCCUGAUUUCGCCAACUAACCGGAGCAAACCGGAGAGAGGGGACCGGGCCGAGGGGCACCCCCAUGUGGUUUAUAAGCGCUCGUCGCUCCGCCAUCAGUACAAGGGCCAGUCUUGCGGCGUCACCGAUGAGAAGUCAAUGAAAAGUUCUUCGUGGUGGCAAAGGACGCUCAAGACGCCUCCUCAUCACGUGGGUCGAGGUCAGUUGCCGCUGAAGCGCUCGGUGAGCUGGGAGCGCUACGUGGAGACGCUGGUGGUGGCCGACAAGAUGAUGGUGGGCUACCAUGGUCGCAAGGACAUCGAGCAGUACAUCCUGGCCCUCAUGAAUAUUGUUGCCAAACUGUUCCAGGAUUCUAGCCUGGGGAACGCAGUCAACAUAGUGGUGACGCGACUCAUCCUGCUCAUGGAGGACCAGCCCACACUAGAGAUUAAUCAUCACGCAAGCAAGUCUUUAGACAGCUUCUGCAAAUGGCAGAAGUCGAUCCAACACCGCAGCAGUUACGGGAACGCCAUCCCCGACAACGGCAUCGCUCACCACGACACGGCCGUACUCAUCACCAGGUAUGACAUCUGCAUCCAAAAAAACAAGCCCUGUGAAACUUUAGGACUUGCUCCCGUUGGAGGAAUGUGCGAGCCGGAGAGGAGCUGCAGCAUCAACGAGGACAUCGGCCUCGGAACGGCUUUCACCAUCGCCCAUGAAAUUGGACAUACGUUUGGAAUGAACCAUGACGGUAUUGGUAAUUCGUGUGGGCCCCGUACCCAGGAGACGGCCAAGCUGAUGGCCGACCACAUUACCAUGAAGACCAACCCGUUCAUCUGGUCGGCCUGCAGCAGGGAUUACAUCACCAGCUUUCUGGACUCAGGUAUGGGAUCCUGUUUGAACAACGUGCCCCCAAAACAGGAAUUUGUGUACCCCACCACCGCCCCGGGUCAGGCCUACGACGCCGACGAACAGUGCCGAUUCCAGUAUGGAGUCAGAUCCCGACAAUGUAAAUAUGCAGAGGUCUGCAGCGAACUGUGGUGCAUGAGCAAGAGCAACCGAUGCAUCACCAGUAGCAUUCCCGCCGCAGAGGGAACCAUCUGUCAGACCAACACCAUUGACAAAGGGUGGUGCUACAAGAGGAUCUGUGUGGCAUAUGGGACACGUCCAGAGGGUGUGGAUGGAGGCUGGAGCCUCUGGUCGCCAUGGGAAGAAUGCAGCAGGACCUGUGGAGGCGGAGUCUCAUCCUCCAUGCGUUAUUGCGACAGCCCCAGGCCGACCAUUGGUGGAAAAUAUUGUUUGGGGGAAAGAAAGCGCUACAGGUCCUGUAAUAUUGACGAUUGCCCCGUAGGCUCACGGGAUUUUCGGGAGGCGCAGUGUUCCAACUUUGACAGCGUUCCUUUCCGAGGGAAAUUCUACAAUUGGAAGCCGUACAGAGGAGGUGGGGUGAAAACAUGCUCUCUGAACUGCCUGGCGGAAGGAUACAAUUUCUACACGGAGCGUGCACCGGCAGUGGUGGACGGCACACUGUGCAGAGACGACUCUCUGGAUGUGUGCGUCAAUGGCGAGUGUAAGCACGUCGGCUGCGAUCGCAUUCUCAACUCCGAAGUUCGUGAGGACCGCUGUCGGAUCUGCGGGGGUGACGCCAGCAGCUGCGAGUCUGUGGAGGGACUCUUUAAUGACUCUCUGGCUGAAGGAGGUUAUGAAGAGGUCAUCCGAAUCCCAAAAGGCUCAGUGUUCAUCCACAUACAAGAGCUCAACAUUUCUCUUAAUAACAUUGUGUUAAAGAGUAAAAGCAAUCAGUUCUUCCUCAACGAGAAGUUGGCCUCUGACACGCCGCACAGGUUUGAUGUCGCCGGAACAACGUUCCACUACAGGCGACCCACUGAUGGCCCAGAAACACUUGAGGCUUUGGGACCGACAAAUAUCACCCUUGUUGUCAUGGUAAUGGUCCAGGAGGAGAACCCUGGAAUCCACUAUCGUUUUAAUCCGCCUGUUAAUCGGGAACCGCUGAUUGGUUUUGCCUGGUACCACACAUCCUGGUCGCACUGCUCUGCUCUCUGUGCUGGAGGUGAGCAGAUCCAGAAGGCGGUGUGUCAGAAGCUAUCGGAUCAUGCUAUUGUUUACAACCAUUUCUGUGAUAAGAAGCACAAACCCAAAGAGAGGCGCAGAUUCUGCAAUACUGAGCCAUGUUCCCCAACCUGGUGGACGGGAGUGUGGUCAGACUGCAGUCACAGCUGUAACGGCGGUCUGAGGACACGUGAGGUUUUAUGCAAAAGGAGAAUCUCUGCAUCAGAGGAGAAGGUCCUGGAUGACUCCGCCUGCCCCCCUUCACGCCCCUCAUUCACUGAACCCUGCAACAACCACAGCUGCCCUCCCGAAUGGAUGGCCCUCAAUUGGUCGGAGUGUACACCCAGCUGCGGUCCUGGCUACAGACACAGAGUGGUUUUGUGCAAGAGUGGAGAGAGCGGAGACGCGCUGCCAGACGCCAAAUGCCCCAAGUACGGCAGACCCACCUCUAGAGUGCGCUGUAACCUGAAGCGGUGCCCUCCGCCUCAGUGGGUGAUGGGCCCUUGGGGAGAGUGUUCCGCCAAGUGUGGACGGGGUCAGGAGAUGCGAUCCGUGCAAUGUCUGACCCACACGGGCAUGCCAUCCAACGAGUGUCUGGAACAUCUGAAGCCAGCCUCCAUGCAGCAGUGCAAGAGCAAAUGUGACCUCAUUGUGCCCAUCAGUACAGACAAUCCUGAAGAGUGCAAAGAUGUGAACACUGUGGCCUACUGCCCCCUAGUGCUCAGGUUCAAGUUCUGCAGCCGGCCUUAUUUUAGACAGAUGUGCUGCAAGACAUGCCAAGGACACUGAUCUGAACCGGUGAACCUCACAAUACACACUCACACACACACACAGUCAGGCAGCAACCUGAAGGAGGGCAAAGUUGGGAUGCUGCCCGACACCCCCCGGUGGUGCAGAGGGACCUCUUAGCACCCAGAUGACAUAUCUCACAGGCUGCUGAAACCCGUCGUCCGUUGUAAUAUUUUUGGUGCUACUUCCGCAGCCUCACUUUGGCUAAAGGACGGGUUUUGGUGUUCAGGCCCACUUUGGGUUCGCUUUGGCUUCAAUGUAAAGAGGUCAUAUUUUUGUUCAGCUACGUAUGUGUUUAAAAACUCAUUUUGUAUUGAAAAGGAACCUUCAUGAAAAGGAAUAUCGUAUACUAUGUUAUGGAAGUUUUUGUCCAAGUUACCUGAUAGUUGUUACUUGACCACGUUUUUUUUUUCUUUCUUCUUUCAAGUCUUCAAGUCAAUUGAGCAGAGUUGGAUUUGCACAAAGUGCCAUCAGUCACAGGACUUGUAUACAGUAUAAUUAUGUUUGUUUUGACAUUUGACCGCAUUAUUCAUCUUGAGCUCGGCAUCUUUUUGUAUUCGUUUGUUCUAUCAGCUCUCGCAAAUAGCUUCAUGCUGCACAGGACAGAAAGCCGCAUGUGUAGCAUCAGCAGCUAACAUUUUAUGGGAUGCAAAACUGUAGGGUCUGGCAGCUUUGAAUGAAAUCUCCAAAAGAAAGUCGAGAAGCCCCAAUCUGGUGCUCUGGCUAUUUUUGUCACCUUAAAUAAACCCCUUGCUUGACAGUUAACUUAAAAUAUAAACGGAAAUUCAGUGUCUGAGUAAAGGAAGCAUUGUGACUCAUUGUCUAAUUAUACACUGUCGCCUUUGUGGGUUGGCCACAUGAUUAAUGAUCAUCAUUCAAACCGGUGAGAAGAGUUCUUCCAUAUAUGAUGGAAAUGUACUUAGAUUGCAAAUGACACAGACGGACAAAAAUAGGACAGCAAAGUUUCAAAAUUCUUUGAUUGAAGAUGCAAGUCAACCUUUCUAGAUGAUGUUUUUGCACUAAUUCUCACAAUGACCUUUUUUUCUGUAGAAUAUCAGGUUUUAAUAAUAAUAAUGAUAUUUAAUAUUGUCAUUUUGGUGAAUCAUAGAUGGAAUUGUCUCUGAAAUGUAACAGCUAUAAAUCACAGCGGAUAGUCAAAUCCGUAUGUCCCAAAAGAAAAAGAUGUCAAAAACCUGAUGUACUAAGAAAAGAAAAUGGAAAUCAAAAAUACACAUUGGGACACAUCUCUGAUUACAAUUAGCUGUUGACCUGUGUCAUGGAACCACACCUUAGUUUUAUAUCAAGUAUGCAACAUUCUCCCAGAGUGGCUAUGUAUCCCAAUAUAUAUUGUGAUGUUGCUUUCCAAUCUGUUAUUCUUGCUACAAUUUAGUUUCUUGUAAUCUAUAUUUUAUUUGUGGAAAGAAAUUGACAAGCAGCAUCGCUUUGCUUCUGUUGUAGCCUGCGCAGAUUGCAGCUUCCUCUUUUUUUUUGCAUAGUGGUGCUUUCUUUUGGAAGGGUGCUAUUCGUUCUAUUAUUCGUGCCCAAGUUAUUAUUUUCUCCACUUUAAUCCUAUAUUCACAAAUCAUUCCCAGGAAAUAUACAUGAAGAGCCAGUUUGAAGUUGAAGAAUGUCUGUUUCUGAUGAGUAGCUUCUUAAAAGCCCCAUUCUGCCCUGUGCAUUGUUUUAAAAAGGAAAUAUUCAACUGAUUAAACAUGGUACAUUGUUGAACGACAAUGAGCUAUCGGUACGUUAUUAAAUGUCAUUAUUUAUGAAUGA